AAGAAACCAGAUUGAUUUUGUUGAUAAUAACAAGAAAAAAAACAAUACAAAUCUUUUCAUUCUGUCAUGUCUCAUCACCACUGGUUUGUUUGUUUGUUUUUUUUCUUUCGUUCGAUGAUGGCAUAGAUAAUUUGACAAGCAUGACGAUAUUCGGGAUAUUGUUGAAAUUUUUCAAUCACAAUAAAAAGAUUGUUUGAAUCGAUAACGUUCGUAUUUUGUUUCUGGUUCAAUUGUUGUUGUUGUUGUUGUUGUUGUUAAACACCUGAUUUGUAUCUACUGUUUUGAUCAUCAAUAUUUUCGGUCAUCAUGUUGAACAGAAUUUAUCUAUUUGCUUUAUUAUUAUUACCAUUACCAUCAUCAUCAUCAGUCAUCGAUGUUAUCGGCAAAGAAAUUUACCGAAAAAAUGACCACAAUGAAAUUGAUCAUCAUCGAUCAUUAUCGUCAUUGAUUUUCGAUAAUGAUGAUUGUCUACGAUGUAUUUGUGCGGCUUCAUCUGGAUGCCAAAUAAAUUCUCGUUGCCGUAUUAUUGAACCAGAUAAAUAUCUUUGUGGCCCGUUUCGUUUGUCACGAUCAUAUUGGAAAAUGGCAAACAAUUCAUCACCAAAUCAUUAUCAAUGGUUGGAUUAUCCAUUCAAUUUUGAACAAUGUGCACAUGAUUUACAUUGUUCAAUACGUACUAUAAAGAAUUUUAUGAGAAAAUUUUUCUUUGGAAAAUGUCCACAAUUAUCUGAACAAUUAUUAUUGUUUAAUGGAAACAAUCGUUCCAUAUUUGAUCAAUGUACAAGAAUAUCGAUGAUACAUUAUCAAGCAAUUUAUGGUAGUGAAGAUGUUGACCAACAUUCAUCAUCACCGAUUUCAUGGGAUAAUUGUAAUAUGAAUCUUACAUACGGUGAUAAUCGAUUAAUUGUUCAACAAAUAGAAUGGUUAGAGAAAAAUUUACCAGCCACAAGAUCGGAUAAUUAUUAUUGGCAUAAUUUUUUCUGGUGUUCUGAACUGUAUUUACUGUAAUGAUGAAU